AUGUCUGAUAACAACACUGUCGUGUCUUACAUUAAUUCUGUGGGAGGUUGUAGAUCUUUAGAAUGUAAGUCCAUUGCUAAGAGUAUUUGGGAUUGGGCUAUUGACAAAGAUAUUUGGUUAUCAGCAGCCCAUAUUCCAGGAUCAAGUGAUAUUGAUGCUGAUCAGUUAUCUCGGAAUUUGAAUUUGGAUCUGGAAUGGAUGCUUUCAGCUCCUAUUUUUCAGAGAAUAGUAGCUUUAUUUGGCAAACCAGAUAUACAUCUAUUUGCUACUAGACUUAAUGCUCAGGUGGAGGAUUAUGUUUCCUGGAAACCACAUCCAAUGGCAAAGUUUGUAGAUGCUUUUACCAUUUUUCUUCUAUGCUUAUCCUCCAUUUUGUCUUGUUUCAAGGUGUGUACAGAAAAUAUUCACGACCGGGCAUCAGGAAUUCUAGUAAUUCCCUUGUGGAUAACUCAGCCUUAUUUUACGGCUGUACUCAGCCUACUAACAGAAGCGCCACGUGUAUUAAAUGCUUCAGUUCAGAAUCUGAUUCAUCCAACUCUGGACGGUCCUCAUCCCCUACACCAACGUCUGCAGUUGAUGGUAUGCAAGUUAUCAGGCGAUCCUUGCAAGAGUCUGAGAUUUCGCCAGACAUUGUUGACAUCAUCAUGCAUUCAUGGAGAGAGCACACGGAAGCAAUAUAAAGUGUAUAUCUACAAGUGGCUGCAGUUUUGCAGUGAAAGGUCACAUGAUCCAUUGCAUCCCACUGCGACGGCUGUACUCUCUUUUCCGCAUAGUCUUUUCAAGACUGGCUUGAGCUAUUCUGUGCUAAAUACAGCUUGGUCUGCAGUUUCUAAAAUUGACAUGAGUGAUAGUGAUGCUCCAGAUCAUACACCUGUAGGAAAGCACUUCCUUGUUUGCCGUUACCUUAAAGGGGUGUUCAACAAGCUCAAGCCUGUGCCGAAGUAUAAAAAUAUCUGGUCCAUGGAUACUGUCCUUGAUUACUAG